AUGUGGCUACUCUUCUUGGUGAUCGCUAUUAGCGCUCGCUCAGCCUACAGUCAAGUUGCAUCCAAAGCUGUCAUUGACUUCUGUUCUCUAACGGAUCCAAGUUCAUGUGGAGACGGAACGUGCAUAUUUCAUUAUACUGGGAAUCGUUGUAAAUGUCCAGAAGGGUGGAUGGGAAGGAAAUGUGCAAGACCAUGUCAGGAUGUGUACCAGAGUUGCAAACGAUGGCGUGAAGAAGAAAGAUGUUCGUGGACUCGACCAAUUUCGCCUUUUUUCACCGACAAUUGCGCGCUCUCCUGUGGAUUCUGUCGAAAUACUGGAUUGAAACUUCCGCUCACACUUCCACCGAUAUUGGACAACAUUGCUUGGUUUGUUGGCAGAUGGGAAUGCAAAACUACGGCUGGUGACCGCUUUCCGGAGCCACUAACUGGUCCAUAUCGUGAGAUACUUGAGGUGCAGAUCUCAGAUGUACCGAUGUUCGAUCGGCCACCGGUGAACGUGAGUACAGUGGCAAUAACUAAUGAUGGACGUGAUGUGCAUUCCGAAGUCGGAUUCAUGACCAGCAAACCAUUCAAGGAGGAUACUGGUUUUGUUGAGUUCAAUAAACCCACACAUGGUGAUGAUCUUGUCGCUAUUGAGUCAGUUAGUAAUAACGGUCUGAUGUUAAUCGAGGAAGGAGUCGUACGAGGAAACGUCAUAAGACUGGACCUCAAAUUCAAACGAUCCAUGUUUGGGGCGAAUCACGGACCAAAAUCCGCGAAACGAAUGUUUCUGUUGGUGAAACCAGACCUCAUGGAAGAGCGAGUCAUUAUCACUGAUUCCCGUGGGAUCACAAAGAAAUGGCUCAAAAGAUUCAAACGUACAUUCAAUUACUUAGAGGAGUUCGUACGAGACACAAACCAGCAUUGA